GGGAGCACAUGUCUUGUAAGUGAAAUUACGCGCGGCGAAAGGAGGCUAGAGCUGUUUAGUAUUGUUGCCGAUGCCCCGCCUCUGAUGGUAGCCUUAAACCUGGCACCCAGCUAAAACAAACCAAAGCCAGCUCCGAGCUCCCACUCAAUCCAAUUAAGGCGGACUUGAGGCGCUCUCCUACGUGUUCAUCUACCAGGAUCGACGUUGAGACAACAGGAACCAGAGGGGCUUUGGCCAAAAAAAAAAAAAAGAGAAGGAGAGAUUGCCUUGCCUUCUAAUUUCUCCCUCUCCAGCCCCAGAACAAUGUCGAUGAGCCCUAAGCAUACGACUCCUUUUUCUGUUUCCGAUAUCUUGAGUCCCCUUGAGGAGAGCUAUAAGAAAGUAAGUAUGGAGAAUAACAACUUGGGGGCACCUCUCACUUCUUACCGGCAGCCGCAGGUCUCUCAGGCGGCGAUGCAGCAGCACCACAUGGGCCAUAAUGGGACUGUGUCUGCGGCUUACCACAUGACUGCGGCAGGUGUAUCUCAGCUGUCACACACGGCCAUGGGGGGCUACUGUAACGGCAACCUGGGCAACAUGGGCGACCUGCCGUCGUACCAGGACGGCAUGAGGGGCAGCACCACGGCCACCGGCUGGUACGGAGCCAACCCGGACCCGCGCUUCUCCACCAUUUCUCGCUUCAUGGGCUCGUCGUCGGGCAUGAACAUGGGCAGCAUGGGAAGCCUCAGCUCCCUGGCAGACGUGGGUAAAGGCAUGGGCUCCCUGUCCAGCACCCCGAGGAGAAAGAGACGGGUGCUGUUCUCCCAGGCUCAGGUCUACGAGCUGGAGCGACGCUUCAAGCAGCAGAAGUACCUGUCUGCGCCGGAGAGGGAACACUUGGCGAGUAUGAUCCACCUCACCCCGACCCAGGUGAAGAUCUGGUUCCAGAACCACCGGUACAAGAUGAAGAGGCAGGCUAAAGACAAAGUGUCCCAGCAGCAAAUGCAGCAGGACGGCGGCUCGUGCCAGCAGCAGCAGCAGCAGUCCCCGCGGAGAGUGGCCGUGCCGGUGCUGGUGAAGGACGGGAAGCCGUGCCAAGGCAGCGGACACACGCCCACAUCCUCCGCACAGACCCUCCACCAGCAAGGGGGCAACGUCAUGAUCAUGUCCAACAACACGCCGGGCCUCGGGCAGCACCAGAGUCAGCAGGUGGGGAGCACGGGUCACUCUCCAGACCUGGCGCCGCACUCCAGCAGUCCGCCGUCCCUGCAGAGCCAAGUGGCCGGCCUUUCUCACCUCAACUCCCCGGGCGCAGAGUACGGCUCGGCCCUGCAGUGUUCCGCCCUGUUAUACGGCAGGACGUGGUGACAAGAGGCGCCGGCUCUCAUUUAAAACCAACGAAAAGAAAGAGACAUUUUUCUUGUUUCACUGUAAAUGCGCGCGUCCGAACAAGAACCGAGAGAACCCGGUGCAGCUGAAUGUUCACCUUUUUCUGGAAGGAGGUGUGACUUGUCCUGAAGGAAGGAGAGAGAAAAACACUUUUGACCAGAAACUGCGGAAAUCUUUGGAUUUAUUUAUGUAUAUUAUAUUGAGACAAAAGAAGAAUCCGCAGUCACAUAGGCCGCAGUUUGGAGACAAAGUGAACCCUCCUCACAAACACACAUGACUGAUUUCUAAUAGAAUUUAAUGUAAGCGUAGAUCUAGCUUGUACAUUUCUGUAAAAGGUUUGAAUUUUAGCUAUCUGUUGUACAAAGUUUUUGACGCUAUUGCCGGUUUGUUGUCGUUUCAUUGGUAUUUGUACGUUUUAUUUCUUUGUAACUUAUAUAGAUAUUUGACUUACUACAAAACAGUCCUAUUAAUAAAUUAUGGAAACAAGACAGCUAAGCUUUUUUUGUGAAAAUAUGUCAACAUAUGGCGGAAAAAUAUAUUCCUUUGGGGAAAAAAUCACAAAGGCGAAAAAUGAAACCAGUGCGGUAUUAUUAUUAUUAUUAUUAUCAUCAUUAUUAUUAUUAUUAGGUCUAAUAUUAUUGCAUCGUUUUCCAUUAGGCCUAUGUGCUUUUCUUUUUUUAUGGAAUCUUUAUUGAAUUUUGGCAAUAUUGUGGGAAAAUAUGAAAUAACCAGAUAGGUUCAUGUUUGGCACCCUGACAACACAAAAUACUAUAUCAACACUCAGGCUGACAUGACAUUUAUUCUGGCAUGACCAUUGAAUACUGGAGGCUAUUUCAUUCCCUCGGGCUGCAGCCCACACACACAUACCCUGCAGAGUAAACUGUG